UUGGGAGCGACUGUAAAUAGAAAUAUCUUCAAAACAAUAUUCAUAUUAUGAAUUGACAAAGUUAUGGGUAAAAGAGUUAGAAAAUAUCUUCAUAAAAUUCUUGUCUAUAUAUAACUUGAUUAUUUUAAUAUUGCCUUUAAAAUAAGACAAAUAGUUUAUAUAAAUUUUUAAUCUAUUCUUAACUCACUAAAAACUUUAUAAAUAUUUUUGUUUGAAACUAAAAACUUUAUAAAUAUUAACCAAAAGAGUUGUUGAAAAUUCGAACGCAUUAUUCAAAUCGUUGAAUUACGAUUUUAUCUCUAAGUAUUCCGUACUUUACACGUUUGAAAAGACAAAAAGAAACUGAAUUCUGAUAAUCAUCGUUCAUUUUUUUUGUUUAAUGCUUAUGUAUAUGUGGUGAAGGAAAAAAAGAAAAUACGUGUGUAUUAGAGUAAAUGACACCAAAAUAAUGUAUAUGUACUGAGAUUGACCGCAUAAGAAGCUUUCCAUAUAACUAGUGCCCAUUAGAUCAUGAUUAAGCAGAGCUCUUAAUUUGAGAUUCUUGAGAUUCUUAAUUUAUGAUUUGAUAUUAUUUUUGUUUUUUUGUUUCCUUUUUACAUUUUUCGACUAAGAACCGACUCUUAUAUCUUUUAUUUAAGAGCCGAUUCUUAGCUUUUCUUAGUUAAAAGCUAAGAAGUGGUUCUUAACCGAAGCUCCACCCUAAGAACCCGGGUUAAUCAUGGUCUUACUCUGUAUAAUUACAAGAUUAGCAUCUCUCUCUCUCUCUCUUCUCUGCAUCAAUUUCAUUCACACAAGAUUCCAAACAACGAGAAUUGAUAGAAAGUGAGAUUUUCAGAAUUUAUUGUUUCUCUAGUCCUCUCUCAUCAUUAAAACACAUAUAGUCUCUCUCUCUCUCUCCAGAGAGCUCCAUAGCUUCUCCGGUCCUGACCAUUCCUCGAGUUCUUGAUCUUCCGUCUCCAUCUAAGAACCCUAAUUUAUUAUAUAUUCUCUCCUCCGUCUCCCCUCAUGUUGAGAUCAUCAGUAACUCUUUGUCUCGCUCCUCUCCGACUCACAGGACUCUGCCAUGGUUGUUGAUGCUGAAUCAUCCUUCUCAACAAGGCUUCUUCAUUCAUGUGGGGUUUCCAAUAGUUUUGCUUUUAUGAGGUUAUUACAAAAAGCUCAUCACUUCUCUUCUUUCUCUGAGGACGACAACAACAACAGCAAGAAAGACAUUCGCUUAGGAUCUGAUCAUUACCAAGUUUGUAGGAGAGAUUUUAGUUUCAUGGCCGAUCAAGAAGAACCGAGAAGUACUACUUCUAGGUUAAGUUCCAAGGACGACCACGACAACAACAACAACAACAAGAGCAAUAACAAUAAUAAUAAUAAUACCAAGAAUGAAGCCGAAGAUCAUGAGAUGAGACAAGAAGGAUGGCUCCGGUUAAGCACAGGCCACGAGGAUGAUGUUAAACCGGAUCUUGACAAUAAACAUCAAACCAAUCAAACGGCUGGGAGAGACUCUUUUCUAGAGCUUAACCUUUACUCUGGCGGUUCAAAUAGAGAAGAAAGAGUUGGUGUUCCAUUAAUGUCAUCUAUCUUUCAUCAUCAGCAUGAACCAGGAGGGAUGAUGAUUAAUCCAUUAAUGUUCCCUACCAGGGCUGAUCAGGAGACGAUUGGUUCUUGGGCGGCUGCUGCGUUUAGAACGCCUUUUGUCCCACAAAACCUAACGCAACCACCAUCGUCAUCUACCUCUUUGAUGAUGCCAUUCAUAGGACCUUACUUUGGUCGCUCCAGUUUUCAGCACCAGUUAAUAGGGAACAGCAAUAAUAAUAAUAAUAAUCCGGAUGUGGUGGCUGGUCCAAGCUCGAGUUUUCGAGUCAUUGAUCCUCCCAGGCGACCCCAUUCCGGCAUUUGGUUCCUCCUUCAAGCUUCUCAAAACCAGACAAGAGAACCAUUCUUGCCUCAGAUACCCAAGAGCUGCUUGAGAAUCAAGGACGGGAAGAUGACUGUUCGAAUAUUGAUGAAAUAUUUGGUGAACAAGUUGAGAUUGGAGCACGAAACCCAGGCUAAUGGAGAGGCCCAGACUAAUCCACAAGGGGAGGUGCAGCUCACGGAUAGACUCUCUCUCCGGCAGGUAGAGAUAAGAUGCAGAGGGCAAGAACUGGAGCCAGUGUUGACACUACAACACGUGAGAGAUACAAUCUGGAGAGGAAGCAGAGACAAUUCUUCUGUUUCACAAAACCUUAUUACUUUGCUUCCAAACUCAUCUACCUCUGAUCAUCUCAUGGUCCUUCAUUAUGGUAGGACUCUUUCUUAAUUAUCAUAUAUAUAUUCCUAUAAUAUUUUCUCCAUUUUAUUUAUUUUUAACACCAUAUAUUAUUCUCAAUAAAAACAACUGCCCACCCUUUCUUCUUUUAACUCAACACCUUCAAUUGUCUUCUUCCCUCUUUUUUUUGGUGGGUGGUUUUGAUUAUUUAUAUCUCCUUAAGGCCUUUUUUGUGCGAUUUGUCGAAUGAUCUAUCAAGAACAAAUGAGUAUCUAAUUCAGUAGGAGUAUGCAUGCCCCUGAUUGAUGUUUUUAUUGAUGUAUCUUCUGGGGCUGCGAGUAACAUUAACGCAUGAGAAAGAUGUGUUCCAUAUAUUUAUAAGCAUUAUUUUUCAUCCUA